AUGUUCUCGCGACAGGUUCUCCGCGCCGCCCGAGUCGCCGCUCCUCAGCGAGCCCUCGCCCUCCGAGCCGCCCCCGUCCGAUCCUUCGCUGCCGCUGCCUCGACCGAAGUCAAGCCCCCGAUUUCCGUCUUCGGCGUUGAUGGCACAUAUGCUACUGCUCUGUACACUGCCGCCGUCAAGACCUCGAGCAUCGACGCCGCUGCCGAUGCCCUGAACAGACUCGGCGCUCUCCUCGAGAAGGACCCCAAGCUCGCCGCCAUCCUGUCCGCCCCUACCCUCACCGUGGCCGACAAGAAGGCCAUCGUCCAGGAGCUCGAGAAGCAGAUCAACGCCAAGGACGAGACCGUCAAGAACUUCCUCGCCACCCUCGCCGAGAACAACAGACUUGGACUUAUCCCCGGUGUUGUCGAGAAGUUCUCUUCCAUCAUCUCUGCCGCCCGCGGUGAGGUCGAGCUCACUGUUACCAGCGCCCAGGCUCUCGACAAGCGAACCCUCAACCGAUUGGAGACUGCCGUCUCCAAGUCUGCCUACGUCAGCCAGGGCCAGAAGCUCAAGGUCACCAAUGAGGUUAACCCCGAGAUUGUUGGUGGACUCGUCGUUGAGAUCGGUGACCGAACCAUCGACCUCAGCGUCUCUUCCCGCAUCGCCAAGAUGAACAAGCUCCUCUCGGACUCUCUGUAA